CUUUUGCUAGAACUCAGUUCAGACUCAACAGCUUGGAAUCAGGUGCUCAUCAGUGGGGAGGGCUGGAGACCCCGGAAUCAGCAUCUCCUUCCAGCACUAACCAGGGGAUUUACUCUUUCAUGCGGCCACUGGGAACUCUGGACUAGUCCUAGCACUACGUUGUGAUUUUUUGCAGUCUCUGCAAUAAACUACCUUUUAAGGUCAAGAUGUUAUUAAAUAUAAAAAGUGUCUUAUGGAUGUGCUCUACCUUAGUUGUAACAUAUGCACUGCAUAAAGUUAAAGUGGAAAAAAGCCCCCCUGUAAAGGGUUCCCUUUCUGGAAGAGCAACCCUACCUUGCUUCUUUUCAACCUUGCCUACUUUACCCCCCAGCUACAACAAUACAAGUGAAUUUCUUCGAAUCAAAUGGUCAAAGGUUGAACAGGAUAAAACCGGAAAAGAUGUGAAAGAAACCACUGUUCUGGUGGCCCAAAAUGGGAACAUCAAAAUAGGGCAAGGCUACAAAGGCAGAGUGUCUGUUCCAACCCACCCGGAGGAUAUUGGAGAUGCUUCGCUGACUAUGGUUAAACUACGUGCAAGCGAUGCGGGUGUGUACCGCUGUGAUGUCAUGUAUGGAAUUGAAGACACCCAAGAUGUCAUCUCAUUGGCUGUUGAUGGUGUUGUGUUUCACUAUCGUGCCGCAACCAGUAGAUAUACCCUGAAUUUUCAGCAUGCUCAGCAGGCUUGUUUGAACAAUGGUGCUGUCAUAGCAAACCCUGAUCAGCUGAAAGCUGCAUAUGAAGAUGGAUUUGAGCAAUGCGAUGCUGGUUGGUUGUCUGACCAAACUGUUAGAUAUCCAAUCAGGCAACCCAGAGUUGGCUGCUAUGGAGAUAAAAUGGGAAAGGAAGGAGUUAGAACAUAUGGAUUCCGUCUUCCCAAUGAAACUUAUGAUGUAUAUUGCUACGUGGAUCACUUGGAAGGUGAUGUGUUCCAUGUGACACUGCCCAACAAGCUAACCUUUGAAGAAGCUAAGAAGCAGUGUGUGAAAAGGGAUGCAGUUCUUGCUACAGUUGGGGACCUGCAUGCUGCCUGGAGGAAUGGCUUUGACCAAUGUGACUAUGGCUGGCUGGCUGAUGGCAGCGUGCGUUAUCCUGUGUCUGUGGCUAGAAUCCAGUGUGGAGGAGGUUUACUUGGGGUGAGAACCCUGUAUCGCUAUGAGAACCAAACAGGCUUCCCCUACCCACAUAGCAAGUUUGAUGCCUACUGCUUUAAACGUAAACAAAAUAUAUCAGAGUCUGCAUCUGUUGAGCUGGACAUUCCUACGGAAAGUGGGCCAGCCAAUCUGUUAACAGAACUAAAAACAAUACCUGGCAUAGCUACUCUUAAACCCGAUAUCUCUGAUAGUUUAAUCACUGAAUCAGUUGUCACCAAAACAAAGAUCCCAUCUUUGGAAAAAGUGAUCCUGGAAAGCAAAAAGGAAGAUCCAAUACUAACUACCAGAGGGGGUGAGAAAAAAGAAGAGAAGAUGCCUAAGGAGAACAUUAAGUUAACCACUAUUCUACCUCAGAUUGUCACAGAUGGCAAAGUAGAUACUUCUGAAUCAUUGGACAUGACUAAAGCUGAUGCUACAUCUAGGCUAGCAGUGAGUACACCUAUACAAAAGGAGUUGGAGCACACUUAUUCUGCAGUAGAAUUAUCUAAGAAAUCAGAUAUGUCUAAAAUCAGAGAGGAAGUUUAUUUGUCCUCAAUCAUUUCCGAGCAUAGAGCAGCUACAAGUGCGAUUCCCACAUCACUUCCAAUCACAGAUUCAUGGGAAGAUGCUGAAACUGAAAAUACACAAACUGUUGAAAGUCAGACUGAACAAAUAGAGGUGGGCCCAAUGAGAACAUUGGCAAAUGCCUCAGUGCAAACCCCUGUGAGAGAGUUUGCUGAAACAGAGACUUCAGUUACACUCACGAAGGAGGAAAUGUAUCUUAGUGCUCAACCUACAAAAGAAUCAAUGGAAGCAAAAACUCAUAAGAAACUUACAACUGUUGUAAUUCCCAAAGAUCUGCACACUGAUCAUCAUGAACCUACCACAGAGGAAGAGAAUGGCAAAGGAAGCACAUACACUGUUAUGCCUGACCACAGAACUUUGGCUUCUAGCAGAAUCCCAGAAUUAGAAGUAAUUACUGUAUCAAAGACAUUCUUAGAUGGGCAUACUGUAACUGCUAGAGCAUCUUCUACAGCAAGUGAGUCAACUCCAGCAGUUAGAAUUACAGAAGAACUUAUUCUAUUUGAUAAUGAGGCAUCAGCUGAAGGAAGCAGAGAGGAUGUGCAGCCUACCGAUGCACUUGAAAUUUCCUUUGGAGUACCUAUGUCUACAUCUGUACCAGCAGUUAAUCAGACAGAAGCUGAGGCCAUCACCGUCUCACAAGGUACCACUUCACCACAAGGGGUAGUAAAGGGAACGCAGACUGACAUCUACCCAUUUCUAAAAACAGAAGGGUCAAUCAUCUUAGAAAAAACUAGCGAGCCAGAAUUGAGAACAAUUGAUGUUACAGCCCCCUAUAUCACAGCAGUUAUUCCUGACUCUGAUAAGGACAAAACAGAACCCAAGGGACAUUUUGCUAGUGAGAAAUUCACACUUGCUCCUCAAGUUUCAAGCACUCCACUACCUACUGAUAAAAAUCAGGAAAAUGUGACAGAAGAUUUGCUUCAUUAUGUGAAAACAUAUGGAGCUUUAAGAACAGGAGAUGGUAUCUCUGGAAUGGAAUUUUCUACAGCUUCUCCAGGGCAAAUUUAUAUUGUAGAACAUACAAAGCACCCUGAAGCAGCAAUUUCAACAGCAAAAGAUAAAACUAAGAUAAGUGUUGAGCCAACAGAAACAAAAAUUGAUGAAGAACUUAAAGCUAUAUCAGCUGAUAUAGAUCGGGGUAAAGAUAUUACAAGUGUCUACCCCACUCGCAGAGUUAUAGAUCUGGAAGUGAUCACAGUAUCAAAAAUAUCGCUGGAUGAAAGCAAUGCAACAAUAAAGCCCUUUCUGCCAUCGGUGCCAGCAUCAAAAGCUACAAAAUUACCAACUGCCAGGCCCCCUGUCAUGGAAGUGAGUGACAAAGUACAACCGACAGAAGGUUUUACAGAACAUGCAGAUGUUGUUACAAGGUAUCAUGAUACUAUGAGAACAUUUGCUCCUGCACCAGAAAUGAAACCAGAAGAGACCACUGAAAAAGCACUAUUUACUGAAGACCUUACAUUUACAGAUAAAGAGGUCACAAAAUAUGCAGUCACAGAGGGUGGCCAGAUAAGUACUGGAACAAUCAUUAAAGAAGAAUCAUCUACAAUGACAUCCACUACUGUAAAAGCCUAUGAAGAAAAGGUUGUACCUAGUGCAGGAACAGGAGGGCAACAAGAUGAUUUGAUUGAGGAAGGAAGUACUAUCGAGCAGGACCAAGAUCUAGGAAUCUCCAGAGCAAUAACUACUAUUCACCCACAUGUGGAAACUCAAGAUAUAGAAGGAACAGUAUUUCAAAAGGAACACUCUACCAAAGGUGAAGCUAUGGUACAAAUGGUUACUGCCACAGAGUCCACAGCAUCCAUUUCUAAAAUGGAUGUGACAUCUACUCAAGUACACGUGGAAACAGAUGAUCAGGAGGUUGUAUCUAAAUCUGAAUCUGCUCAGACAACUAUUACUGAAAGACAAGAUGUGAUCCAAAUUACUGAAGAAACAGUGGAAGGAAAACCAUAUGGAAUUACUAUAGAGCAAUUGGUUACUGCCACUGAUUCUACUGCAACUACUUCUAAGGUGCCUGUGACAUUUGUUCAAAUAUAUGAACAAAAGACAACUUUAGAACCUGAAUUGGCUCACACAGCUAUUACUGAAAGGCAGGACGUGGACAUAAUUACUGAAGGAUCAGCAUAUGAUGAAAUACGUACAACUACAGAAGUUUUAAUGCCUGGUAUAAAUAUAAGUGAUUAUGAAAAAGUUCUAGCUUCCGGUGAAACAACCACUGGGACCAUACAGCUUGUACUGUCUCCAAAAGUUGAUGCUGUUACUGAACACAAAGUAAAGACCACUGAAUUUAUGCCAGUACCACCAACCACUGAAACUGAAGUAGAUGAAGGUGGAGUACCACGCAUCAAAAAAGAAAAUGAAACAGAAGACAGCAGUGUGGUGAGUUGGGAAUCUGAGUUACCUUCACAUACAGUGCCUACAGGUCCUUCUGCACCAGAAGGUAUUACUCAUCAGAUUGAGAAAUCUACUUCUGUGGAAAAAGUGGAAAAUUUUACAACCCAUAGUCUGGAAGGUUCAGGAAUAUUGGAGGAACCUAAAGGAACAGAACCAAUUAUAUUUUCAACUAUUGGAACAGAUAAAACAACAGUUCUAAGUGCAGUAGACAAAAUCCAACCAACUUCAACUACCAAGUCCUUUAUUACUAAAACGCCGCGACCUAAAAUUGACAGGGAAGAUGAGGAAACAAGCAUAGACAUGGUAAUAAUUGAUGAAUCUAUUUCUCCCAGUAAAACCACUACUGAUGAUGGUCUGACAGGCAAGACAGUGGAACCAGAAAUUGAUAAAGAAUAUUUCACAUCAUCAAGUGCCACUGCAGUUGCACGACCUACCAGACCACCCAAAGUUGAGGAAACCACAGAGGUUUUAGAACCUCAGGAAGUGUCUCCCUCUAUUCCAGUUCUUGAAACAGACAUGAAAAAUAUAUCUGACAUAACAGUGGUUUUUAUUGCCAUUACAGGCAAUGAUACAGAUCUAUUGCAUGGACUUGAUUUCAAAAUACAUCCACACACAAUAGAUGAAUCCUUCAUAGAUGCAGACUCACUACAGGCUGAACCUUAUACCUCAGGCCCUGAGCAAGAGUCUUCUGAGUACCCUAUUGAAAUCUUAAUGGAACCUUUAUUUCCAAUUUUUGACUCUGAAGAAGAUGAAGAUUGUGAAAAUACUACUGAUGUUACAACUCCUCCAGCAUUGCAGUUCAUCAAUGGAAAGAAACAGGUGACCAGUGCACCUAAAGACACAAAAGCUGAAGAAGCAAGAAGUGACCAAAUUGAAAGUGUUACACAUUCCAAAAAUGUCAAAUUUUCACAAAUCAAUGAAACUAACACCAUAAUAUCUGAAAAUGAGGCCUCUGGUACAAUGCAACCAGGUGUAUCUAGAGAAAUAAAAGGGGCAUUUGAAGUUACACAACAACCUACAGCAGAUGUUGCACUGUUGGAACCUGUUUUAAGUAGUGAAUUGGAAUUUGCCACUACAGAUAAAUCUGAGGUAACGUCUGUAUAUGGGCAAUCUUCAUCAGAAACUUUAGAGACCUUAAAACAUAAUGGAACUGAAUUUCAGCAAAGCUCAACUAAAGACCCCAAAACCUUGCCUUUGAUUACUAUAGAAUCUUCUGGAGAUGCUGCCAUUGACCCUGAGUUCCCUGGUCUUGUCUUUUCAGAAAUGGGGAAAACAACAAUAAAAGAACAUGCAGAAAAAAGUUCUGCUGCAACUUCUGCUCCCAGUCCAGUGUCUGAUAUCGCUACUGUAGACAUAAAAGACCAUAUGCCAGAAAAGGAAAACUCUAUUCUAAGAGAUGAUUAUAAAUCAACUAUUAAGUAUGAUAAACUUCCCCCACUGGAAACCCUUGUAGAAACAACAAGAAGAAGCCAUAUAGUAAAGUCUGUGGAAAGUCCUAUUGCAUUUAUAAUACCAGAAGGCUCUGGAGAUGUAGAAGAGGAAGAUGUUUCUAAAACUUCAGCUAUGGUGACAGAGACUGUAGUUACUGAAAAGAUUUCAGUAGAAGAAACUUUCUUAGAGUCUGGCAAACUGCUGACAACAGAAAUUACUGCCACUGUUUCAGGAACCACCAUUUCUUUGCAUAAGGAAACUAGCACUACUUUUGUUUUUGACCAAAGUUCUGAAGAAACUGCUACCACCACAUCUGUUACUGGGUUGGUUACCGAAAAAGGAGUUAGCAGUGCUACUGGAACAGAAAUGAAAAUGAAAGAAGAUGAAAAAGAAGCACAGAGCACUGCUGCUUCAACUAAGGAACAUUCAUCUACUGUUGAGAUAGGAAAGUUAGUAUUCAGUGAUAGACAGGAAAGCCCUAGUAACAGAAUUGGAAUUGUAGAUCAGGAAUCCACUACUCUCAGCAAAACAAUACCAAUGACAGAUUCCACAUGGCCUGAAAGCAAAGAGUUUACUGUUGCUCCUUUCUCCACAGAGAAAAGCCUUUUUAUAGAUGAAGGAUCUGGGGAAGAACCAAUAUACACUAGGAAAACCAUUGGAGACAUAAUUUCAGGGGGUGUCACAAGAAGAGUGGUAAGUACUGAUCCCCCAUUUAUUGAUCUAGGUUCUGGAGAAAGAGAUGUUAUCAUUGAUUCUACUGCCAUUAUUUCAGUUCUAUUGGAGCCUGUGACUACGGACAUUGAAACACAAAUGAAAAAGCAGGAAAGAGAUGUCUACAGCACAGAUACUUCAUCUGUGGAAUAUACAACAACCGUUGAAGCAACAAAGACAGUGUUAAGUACUGAGUCAGAUGACUCAACUAAGGAAGCUGGAAUAGGAAGGCAGGUAUCUAAGGACAUUUUUAGUACAGGUAAGCUAGGAGAACAAAAACAUGAAACAGAAUCAUAUUAUUUGAUUACAACUCUUCCUUCUCAAGAAAAAUCUUUUCCUCAAUCUAGAAAAGAGAUGACAACUCAUAUUGCAACAGAAGAGCAAACUAAAUACUUAGAAAACUCUGGGGUCACCUCUUCUGUGGAGUCUGUUGUUAAAAUCAUUUCUCCUGACACCAUUGCGACACAUGCUGUCAGCAGUAUAAAGACAGUAACUGAAUCUACAGAAAGUGAAAGUGGAAAAGACAGCUCGCCAACCAUCUCAGCAGAGAACAUUAUCCUUAUUGAGGUAGGCUCUGGAGAAGAAUCCAGAGAUGAGAGUGGUACCAUGGUACCAGUGCCAGAUGGUUCUACAGAAAAAGUACUUGGUACUAAUUUCCCAUUAAUUGAUCAGGGUUCUGGAGAAGUGGAUUCUGUCAUUGAGUCUUUUACAAAAACUACAGCUUCACUACAUUCAGCAGUUAGAAGACCAGAAACACAAGCAACAGAAGAUGAAAGAGAAAUUAUCAGUUCACCAUCUGUGGAUUAUUCCUUUGCUGUUGAGUCUGCAAAAUUAGUCAUGAGUACCAAAGGUGAAGUCAGCACAGUUAGAACUGAAAUUGCAAGAAAAGUCAUCACUGAGGUACAGAUAGAAGAGCAAAUGCCUAUUGAAUCCGUAACAAGAAGUUUUGCUAUAAAUCUUCCUUUGGAAGAAGAUAUACAUUCUGAGCAGAAUAUUUCUGCAGAAACGUCACAAAAAGUUGUAGAACCAUCUGGAAUAACAACAAAAUAUCCUGUCAUUAAAAGUACAGAAUCUAUCCUAGAACAACUUGAAAUUUUAGUUGUUCCCACAGUUAGUCCGUAUUCAGAAGAAAAUAAAUUGGAGAUCAUUUCUGGCACUAAAUCUGUUGAUACUACUCUAGUAACUGAGUCCAUAAAACUUGAAAGCAAAGAUAUAAGCUUGCUAGCUAAACUUACAAAGAAAGAAAAAGACUUGGAACAAAAUAUUUUCCCUACAGAAGACAUUCACGGAUCACUUCUGAUCCCCAAAGGUGACGAGCCAACUAAUAAAGAGAUCAGUAGUGAUUCAUUGUUUUCAGGAGAAGGAUCAGGAGAUGAACUUAUUAGUGUUCCAUCAGUAGAGCCACUGAAUUUUGUGACUAUAAAAGAAAUCACAAGUACUUUAAGUCCUGAAACAUUUCAUCCUGAAAGUGUGGGACCAAGACUUUCCAUUGACAAAGCCCAAGAAUUUGAAAGUGGUCAGACUGAAUCAAACAAGGAUUCCAGUGAAGAACUCAGGCUAUUCAGUUCUAUAACUGAGGCAGUUUCCAAAACAACAGAGAAAAUGGCCACUAGUACUUCCGCUUUAGCUGAAGAAAGUUCUAGGAACUUCAGUAAUAAAGAAGCUACCACAAAAGAGACAUCCCAUUCUUUUUUAAUCACUGAAGACUCUCACAAACAAGAAACUUUUCAUUGGGUAGAAGAAAAUGAAACAUACGGAGCACCAGCUGCUACUGAUCGAGUUGUUACUCAAGAGGAAACUUCACAAUUGAUGACUAAUGAAAAUAUAACUGCUGCUUCUAUAUUCUUUAAUGGAACUCCUCGUCUUGGAACAGAGGAAACACUUGCAACAUCAACACCAAAAAUACCUCCCACACCACUAUAUGAAAGUUCUGGAGAAGGAUCUGGCUGGGUGGACAUUGUGGGGUCAUUUCACCCAGAUGUAUCUACUACCCAUUUGCGAAAUCUGGAAAUAACAGUUGCUCCUCAUGCUCAUGAGGAAAACUAUUCUGAAGAACUGAGCACAGAGACAGCAUUAAAUGGAUCACAAACUGUUUCAGUGUUAUUUUCCACCCACACAGAAGAAAAAAAGAUGUUACCAAGCCCGACUAGUGUUCAACCAAAGACAUUUACAGGUGAGAGUUUAAUAAAUGAUACAAGGAUAGAAAACAAAGUCCUCCCAAAGCUUGAUGACUUCAGAAAUGUUACAGGGAAUGUUUCUGCUUUUAAUGAGAUCACACUAAUUGAAGUACGACUAGGAAUCACAUCAGAUGAAACAACAAUCAUAGAUGUGGAUCAUUCUAAACCAAUGCAUGAAGAUAUACUAAGUGUGCAGACAACUCCAGAUACAGAGACUCAUUCAACACAUGGCAAUAAUGAUAGCAUGAAAGUUGAAGAAGUGGAGUAUGAUUUAACAUCUAAUCUUUCUACAGCUGAAGAGAAAUCAUAUGGAUCUGGUGAUAAUCUUUCCAUGACUAUUUCCAGUAAGUCAAUAAAUAGUGAAUCAGUAACAGCUGAAAACAGACCCAGAUCAGAUUAUAAGGAUUUUGGUUCAGGGGAUGUCAUGCAGUUCACAAUGGAAACUCCCAUCAUUGGUGAAUUCUCUGAACUGGAUAUUUUGCUUCCAACAAUAUCAUCAAUGGCCAGCCCUAGUGUGCCCCCCCGAGUCAGCGAAGAGGCCAAAGAAUCUCCAUUUGAAACUAGACAUGUAGCACCAGAAAAUAAAACAGAAGGCCUCUCCGAAUCAAGUACUUUGUCAGACAACCAAGCGAUAGCAGAUCAAAAUGAAAUAGUCUCUACCUCUGGGUAUUCGGGAAUGGAACAAGAAGAGCCUGAUGAGGGGAAGCCUUUGUUUCCUUCCUUUAGACCUGACUUACCUACUGAGACAGAACAGGCUUUGACAGCAAACAUGUCUGAUGUAAGUAUUGUUACCUCACGACUUGUAACCCAAAACUUAACAGAGUCACCUAAUAUAAGUGAAGUAAAACAUCAUACAGUUUACACAGAAACAAAAGCCACUUCAACAGAAUCUGAAGAAACCGAUCCAGCCAAACUUUUUCCUGUAACUCAAAUGCCAAAAUCUCCAGUAACUGUCCACUUGGUUAAUGAAGUAUCAGAAUACCCUGAAGUAAUCAUUCCAAAUACUUUGUCAUCAACUGAUUCAGACAAGUCUAAUCAAACAUCAGGACAAACCUUCAAAGAAAUUAGUUCUGAUGUUGCAGUGACUUACAAACCACCCACCAAAGUGCUGUCCACUAAAACAGUGUCUCCACUAGACUCUUCUUCUGAACCUGAAUCAGAAAGCACAUCUGUUGAAAGUACUCCUGAUAUUAGUGGACAGAUAACAGACAGAACAAAGGAGAAAGAAACUUCCAUAAUAGAAUUGAUUACUGAAGAACUAGCAACCAUUUCUGAAGAUCCUCUCUCAAAAUAUGUCAUACCAACAGCUUUUAUACAUUCUGGAGAAACAGUAAACACAGAUAUUCCAGAAGUUAGCACAGAAGAUGAAACCUCUACAGAGAAAGUGAAAGAUCUCAAUCAAGUAGAUGAAAGCAGCACUGAGGGAGCUUUGCCAAGGCUAUACACCACACCAGCUUCAGUGCCACAUGAAAGUAUAGCAGGUGGAAUAUUUAAGCCUGGCCAGGCAACUGUUACAAUGUUAUCUUCAUCUUCACCAUCUCUGGAUAUAAGCCUGGAGACACAAACAACUGUGGUAGUACAGAAGCAGUCCACAACAAUUUCUUCUGACAUUGCAACAAAAAUUACAGCCCCUGAAAACAUUCCUGAGUAUAAUAAACAGACAACAAUAAGCACAGAGGACAUAAGCACUACUGAACUUGCAACUUCAUCAUUUUUCCUUCUGGACAUUACUAAUGGAUCAGAUUUCCUGAUUGGCAACAGUGGAGAUUCAGUUGAAGGCACAGCAGUCCAAAUACCAGGUCAAGAUCCCUGCAAAAGUAAUCCCUGCCUUCAUGGGGGCACCUGUUAUCCACGUGGCUCUUACUACAUCUGCACAUGUAUGCCAGGUUUCAGUGGCGAGCAGUGUGAAUUGGAUGUUGAUGAAUGCCAGUCCAAUCCUUGCCGGAAUGGAGCCACAUGUAUUGAUGGUCUCAAUCUAUUUACUUGUCUCUGUCUGCCAAGUUAUGCAGGUGCUCUUUGCGAACAAGAUACAGAGACUUGUGAUUACGGUUGGCACAAGUUCCAAGGACAAUGCUACAAAUACUUUGCCCAUCGCCGCACAUGGGAUGCAGCUGAAAGAGAAUGUCGUCUCCAGGGAGCCCACCUGACAAGCAUCUUGUCUCAUGAAGAGCAGAUAUUUGUGAACCGUGUCGGGCAUGACUACCAGUGGAUUGGCCUCAAUGAUAAGAUGUUUGAACAUGACUUCCGCUGGACUGAUGGCAGCACACUGCAAUAUGAAAACUGGCGACCUAACCAGCCAGACAGUUUCUUUUCUGCUGGAGAAGACUGUGUUGUUAUAAUUUGGCAUGAGAAUGGCCAAUGGAAUGAUGUGCCAUGCAAUUACCACCUCACAUAUACCUGCAAGAAAGGAACAGUUGCCUGUGGUCAGCCUCCUGUUGUAGAAAAUGCAAAGACUUUUGGGAAGAUGAAGCCUCGCUAUGAAAUCAACUCCCUGAUUAGAUACCAUUGCAAAGAUGGUUUCAUCCAGCGCCAUAUUCCAACUAUCCGGUGUCAAGGGAAUGGAAGAUGGGAUAUGCCUAAAAUCACCUGCAUGAAUCCAUCCACAUUCCAAAGGACUUAUUCUAAGAAAUAUUACUAUAAACAUCCUUCCCCAGGAAAGGGAACUUUGUUAAAUUCAUCAAAACAUUAUCACCGCUGGAUCAGGACGUGGCAGGAUUCAAGGCGCUGAAUGCUAAAUGGUGAAUGGGGAUUUUCACCAUUUCAGCCAAAGUCCUAACUUACUGUGCCUUUUCUAUCACUUCUAGAAGUAUUAUCAAAUUGUUUGGAACUAUGGACUCCAGAAUUCACAACACAUUUUGCAAAAAUGUUGGGGUUUAUCAGCAAAUUCAAAAAUAAAAAUAUGAGGAACCAUUUCCAGCCAAUCAGAAAUGUUAGUUUUCUAUAUGCCACCAGUGGGGACCAUUUUAUAACAUAUACCAGCCUACUGCAAUAUUUAAACAGCUCAAUUUUAGCACCAAUGAAAAUGUAAAUAAGAUGAUUUUAUUAUGUUUAAUUGUGUGUUGUUUUUAAAAUCCUGUAUAUAAAAUGAAAAGUCACACUAAGUUCAGGCAUAUUUAUGGUUAUAUGGCCUCAGAGGUCUGUAAUCAUUGAUUUCCUUAUUUGUCUGUUGUUCACCUAGGUUGGAGAUGGUUUAAAUAUAAUUGUAUUGACUGAAAACUGCCAGAUGAAGAUAAACACACAAGUUACAUGUAAUUUUUUUUUUUGAAACUCUGCCAUUUCCCAUCAGAGGAACAGUUUUUGUCCAUGUGAUACAAAACAUAAAGUGAGAUCAAGCCUGAAUUAGGGACUGCAAUGUGGAACUUUUCCUGCUCUCCAUUCCAGCUUCAUCACUGGUGAGAAAGGACUGCAUGGAGGACUUGUAUAUGGCAAAGGAGGCCUGUAAGAGUCAAAGUGCUAAUACAUUAACUCUCUCAACCAGGGUUACUUUCUGAAAAUGACUUUCACAAUACUAACCAUAGGUCUAUGUUACAGGUCUCUGCAUUUUAUAAUGGAGGGAGACCUAGGGUUGGUUUUUUGGGGUGUUUUUUUUUAACAAACAAAAAAAAAAGUCAAAAAAGUAAAUAAUUUUGUAUAUAUAACCAUUUUUAAUCUUUUUUAUAAAGUAAUGAAUGUUUGUGUAUGAAUGCUGCAGCUGUGAAGCGUACAUAAAUAAAUGAAGUAAGCCAUACUGAUUUAAUUUAUUGGAUGUUAUUUUACCAAUGCAAAGAAAAUUGAAAGAGCUUGGUAGUUCAGUGUUAGCCCCUGAGCUCCCCGAUGCAUUUGGAACCAUAUUUCAGUUCAGCUGCUAUUUCCCUGAUGUACUAAAUUCCUAGCAAACAGGAUCACUUGUUUGUGAUGAAAUGGGUGACUUGUAGAAGAAUCAGCAUGUUGGCUAUCUAAAAAGAAAUUCACAAAAAGAUUAUAGAUCACAGUGAAUGCAGUGUGCAUGUAGGACUUCUUUAUUUUGAUUGUUUUAUUUUACUUUGACCCAUUCAGCUCAUCAUUGGCCUGGACGUGUAUAGUAAGGUAGUAUUUAAAAUAAGCUCUCCACAGCAAGGACCAUGUCAAUUUGGUUGCUUCAGCAAAGCACACUUUGGGGCUGUGUAAAAAAAACAA